AUGCACAACUUGCUGGCAGAGCCUCACAAAUUGGCGGUCGCGUCUAAGUACGGCCUUGUUCGCGUAGUUUCCGAGGACGAGAAUCACGCGCUUCCCCCGACAAUCGAGCGGCAUAUUGAGCCAUGGCGGCUCAAGGAGGCGCGUUCCCACUGGAAAGAUCUGGAGAGCGUUUUUGGCUAUGCUCCUUGGAGCAUUAUGGGGGGGGGAGGAGGCCUUGGAAACUUCAUUCCUGCGUCUCUUGCAACGCGGCUGAGAGAGAAGCUCCGCCGAGGCGAAACCCUGGGAGACGGGGAAGGAAGCGGAGAAUCAACAGAGGCUGGCAGGAAGACAGCUCCACGACAGGCGUCAAGAGGACGCUCUGCCUCAGCAUCUCCUCGAAAAACACCCUUCAAACGCGCGCCAGCAGAAGCUGCCAGUGCUACUGGUGCCGCAGGGGAGGUGAACAGCUCCUCGCUACCCCCCGCGGAAAGAAACGCGGUGGCUGCAGAACGCAAUGCGUCUAGAACUCCCACGCGUGCAACAGCAGCACCCACGAAGUCGAAGCAGCAGCUCUCGUGCGACAGUCACCACGGCGUACAUCCGCUUAGAACGCCAACCUCUUCCAGCAGGCUGCUGCGAAAAGGAAUUCUUGCGGAAGAAAGUGCUCCGAAAGCCGCAGCUUCCGGUGCCCCUGAGACAGGGGGGAUGCAAGCGACGAGCGCGGCCCCUAAAGACGCCUCUGCACACCUUCGAGAGUCAUCUUGUCAUCAUGAGGACAGCGCGGUGAAGCAUGUGGCGAGCACGGCAAACGCUUCAAAAGAUGAAGCGCAACAGCUGCCAGCUGAAGGCGCUGCAGCACGGCCUGCUGUACCUGCUCCCGAUCCACCUGCUUCUGAGUCUGGGCGAACCGCAGAGGCAGCCUCGGCAGAGAACCUUCAGCAAGCCGCCUUGCAGCCUUCCACUACGGCACAAACAGCGCCCUCCGAAGGCAGGAGUCUCGAGCAUGUGGCUGCAAAUCCGAGGCAGAAGCCGCGGCAGGCAGACGGCACUUUCAGCUUGAGUGGGCCUCGUCAAAUGAAGCUAACGGAGCUUUUCCGCUUAACGCUUCGAAAGGUUCGGGGGAAGCUGUCUUUCGCAGGGGCGGAGUCUGUCUGGCCGUCUGCUCCACCCAGUGAUCUCCAGCUGGAUGACGAAGCCUCCGAGGACGACGUUUUCCGCGCGCAGAAGAAGUCUAGGAGAAGGAAGUGCAUCGACGAAGACACGCUGUUGCUGCCACAAUAUGUUCCGCCUCGCCCCGAUGGCGAUGCUGCCGGAGAUCAACCUGAGCAGGCGUCUUCUGAAGCCGCGGCAGAAGACGCCUUGCUCGCAGUCGGAGGCGGAGCAGGAGUUUCUCCUCGAGCAGCGCCUGCCGAGAAUGACAGCCUGCCACAAGAAACCCCAGCAGCAGAAGACGAUUCUGAAGCGGUGGACCGCCAAGAGAAGAAGAGACGCAAAGAACUGAAGCGGAAGCAACGAGAUGCAGAGCUCAAAAGGCAGAGGCGCUUGGAGCGAAAACAACGCAUGCGAGAAAUCGUGCGGCAGAUGGUGGAAUAUGAGGCGGAGGAAAAUGACGAGGAGCUGCGGGAAGACGCCGAAUACGCCGCAGCCCUACAGGAGCUGAAGCACAGGCUGGCGCGAGAAGGCGAUGAUGAAGAGGACGAGCUGGAAGACAGCGAUACCGAAUUCUUGGAAGACUUGGUUGCGAGGCCGGAGGACGCGGAUGAAGAAGAACGCAACGAAGACAGGGAAGCGAUGAACAUGAAGUUGCAACGAGAUCUAAGUCUACGCGAGGAGGAGGUGUAUGAACGGCUUAUUGGGAGAUACCAGCGUAAUGCCAACAAAGAAGGAACUGAGCUCACGGAGCAGGAAAUGUUAGAGUUAGAGAUGGAGGAGAGGCGGCGAAAGCAAGCCAAGCGGAGGAAGCUUUUGGGUGAUGGAGCCUUUGCAGACUUGGAAAUCGAUGACUGGCUGUCAGAAAGCAGCGGAUCUGGCUCGGACAGCAGGGAGGAUGAAGAAGAAACAGCGGAAGACAGCGCUGAAGGUCUUGUGCGCUGGUCUAGCUUGGCGCUCGAAGGUGCAGCCAACGCCCCAGGGGGCACGACUCUGGCUGCCGCAGCACCGCCAGUAAACCCUGCAGACCUCGUGGCCAGGUGUCACGCGAAUGCAAGCAGACGGCAACAAAUCCAACAGCUCCGCGAAUCGAGGAAGCGUCGAAAGCUCCAGGAAAGCGGCAAAGUACCAGUUCUGCGAGGAGCGGGGGAAAGCGCCGGCUUCGGACAGAGCAAACAGUCAGCAAACCUCCCAUCACCUCCAAAGCAGAGCGGCGAGGAUCGCGAAUCGCACGCCGCCAACUCUUCAGACAGCGAUGACGAGAUGGAAAACCUGUACAGAAGUGCUUCCCUGGUGCAAACGAUAGGGGGGACAGUCAAGGGGCCCUUGCAGAAAGCGGCGGUAGGGGGCAUGCAGUCUUCCUGCAUUCGUUUCAAUCCCAACUACCAACCGGAUUUCGAGCUCGCCAACAGCAGCAGCCGGACGGUAGCUCCAGUUUUCUCUGGGUUCCGCUCAAGAGACACCCGACGCAAAACGACGAAUGCCAGCCCUGGGCAAGCACCGACGUCGCGGUACGAAUUCAUGAGCGAGACCCUCUUUUCUCGUACCUCGAUCUUCAGGCCUUCGCACUGCACGGCGUCUGCCGCUCGAGCCAGCGUUGCCGAUGCCAAUGGAGAUUCGGGGAAGGGGCGUUCUUGCAGGACAAACUUCGAUCCGUCGAGCCGUGCCGGUGCCGCAAACAAAGUCCGUUUAAGUCGCAGCUUAGCCUUCUGUUGCAGCGGGUGUGCAGGCUAA